AUGGUACGAUCCAUGUGUUCAAACGAGUUCAUGUUCAAAGUACAAAUUUCCGUUAAGACAAAGCCGCAGAAAUGUGGUUCAAGUGCUGGAUAUUGCGCUCCCCUUCCACCGACCGAGUGUCCAGCGAAGCGAUCCUCAGAAGAGACGAGACGCGAGCUUCUGGAAUUAAUUAGUUCAUCCGUGUCCAACGCCAAUUCCUCGUCAAGGCAAAAAUUCGAGCGUCGGGGUAACAGCCACGGCCGGGCUCUCUUGGCGCUAAUCGCUGGCGUACUGGCUUCGGCGGCCACAGGAAGCCAUCGGCGUGGUUUCGAGCGCCAAACUGAGGCACAGAAUUUGAAAGAGAGGCCUUUGGCGAGCUACAACAACCUAGAUGGAGCAAGUUCCUCCUACCACAGAAGUACAAGGUCUCUGGGUCAUACGGUUCCCCGCGCGCAGGAGGGACGGGAAUCCACGCCGCCUGAGUCCCAGCGAAACCCAGGGUCCCCGGAGGAGGCGGAGCGAGAGGGUGCCGUGAGAUCGCCCGAGACUUCCUCAAGCCAAGUGCAAGUCAACCCGAAGGACCCGAGCGACGAAGGUAGAAACUCGAGUCGGGUCGAGCCCAACGCCAUCGGGACGGAGUAUGAGUCGGUUCGAGAGGCGAAGUUCGUUGGGAAGAUCAAGGACUGGUACCGCGGGAGGGACAAGGACAAGGACAAGGAGAGGGACAUCGUGGUGAUCGCGACCGGUGCGGGCACCCAUGGCUACUACGUCCCUCACCACCACCCUGUCGUCGUCACUCACUCCCUAGCACAGUACGUCACCGUCACUCACCCAGCCCCUGCCACACAAGCAACGCCCUCUGUUGUGGUCCAGACGUCCCAUGUGACGUACGUGACGCCAUCUGUUGUAACUUCCUACGUAACGUCAUCUGUUGUAACUACCUACGUCACUCAGUCCCACGUACCUACUUACGUGACGUCCAUAACAACUACCUACAUCACACACUCCCUGACACCUACUUACGUGAUGUCAUCUGUUGUCACUGCCUUUGUGACGCAGACCUAUGCACCUACUUAUGUCACCUCCUUUUCAACUACCUACGUGACGCAAACCCAUGCACCCACCUACGUGACGCCAUCAGUUGUAACUGCUUUCGUGACUCAUACCAACUCCCCUACCCAGGUGACGCUCUCCUACACCCCCACCUACGUGACGCCUUCCCAUGUAUUCAUUCAGGAACCGCACCCGGCACCUUCUAUCACGGCGAUCAAGCCACAGGAAAAUCCCACAAUCACUCACACUAUAGUGAUACAGGGGGAGAAACCCAUCAUGAAGACCCACAUCAAAGGAACGUACUCAGGCCAGGGGCAUUUCGAGUUAUUUAAGAGUACACUGAAUCUCGACGCGGAGAAGUUCAAAGAAAAACUACCCGGCUGUACACACUGUGGUUGACAGCAUAGAAAAUGAGAUCGAGUGCCCAAAGCCUGCCUCUCGCACCCCGGCAAGUCGCUUCAGCUUGUUCCAAAAGCAAGAGAACAAAUUAUUCAAGUUUCUCCUAAUUAAACUAUAAAACUAUCUCGUAAAAUAGUUGGUCUGCUGUUGGAGCUUGGCGAGUUUCACUUAUAUACAGCUGUGGACGAGACAAGCUGGGUAAAAACAAUCUGCUCUAGGAAUUAUCCAUUACUUGCUAGAUUAACGUGCUUUAUGCGUAAAACACUUGUCUCAAAGUAGGAUGUAUAUCUAUUGUAAUGUAAUCUAGGGAUAUUUUAGUAAUUUAUGUAAAAGCUAUUUAUAAUAGAGUUUGUACUAUUUAAAAUAUAGAAUUAUCUCAAAUCA